CAAAAGCACCCGAAACCCACCCCCCACCCCCCUCUCCCCCGAUAUGGCAUGCGAUAAAUGCCCUGCGCCUGGCAGCGAAGUCGAGCAAACAACCUCGGAUGAUGCGACGCGUCCGUCACGCGUCCUUGAAUGGGGGUCCCGAAUUCUUCCCGAAGGCUCUGCUUUAUUAUCUUCCUCUUGCUGUUGGCUACCGGCCCUGUUAGAUUGGGUUUUCGCUGGUUCGAUAACGGCGACGGGUAUGGAGCGACUUCGCCCCUUUUUUCUAGCCAUUUCGAUCAUCACCCUCGCCUGGGGUAUUCGACGAGAAGGACUCAGUCGCGGCAUGGUCCGCCGGGCCAUCAUCAGUGUCAUCCUCGUGGCCUGGCAGGGAUACAAUCAACGUAGACAGGCUGUGAACGGACACCACCACAGCUGCCACUGACGGGAAUGAGGGUGAUUUUCAGGAAACCUGUGCAGUUAAAAUCCAAUGUAAC